AUGGAAACUCCUGAACAAUUCGGAAAAAAGAAGUCUCUAAUUGCCAAAUUUGUUCCAGGACAUCAGCUUUUCCAACGCACAGAAGUCUUCUGUAUUCCUGGAACUAAGUUCUUUGUCAGGAGCGAACUCAAAGAAAGAUAUAAUGUGUCAUUCAAUUACACAUUAUAUAAUGUCUUCGACCCAGAAGAAGACUUCUUCCCAGAAGCAAUGGAAGAGGAAGAAGAAGAGAAACACGAAGAAGAGAAACACGAAGAGUCCUCCGAAUUCACACCAGAAGACUAA